AUGAACACACCAGUUCUAUAUCAAACAAAAAUUAUCGAGUGGGACGGCGCGAUACCGAUCGGGUCAAACCUGAAGCCGGUUGGUACGGAAGUCAACCCAAAGAAGUAUAUUACCAAUAAUAAAAUUGCAACAUUUGAGCAACAGGUAAAUUAUGUGCUGAACACUGGCAAACUGGCCAGAAUAAUAUUUGCACGAAAUAUCACCAGGACAUUUAAUCCAGAGUUGACGCUGCCUUGUAUCAGAGAUGAAUCACACAAUAUCGUGCAAUCUAAGCUAGAGUCCUUUGUGGGUCAGAUAGUGGAGAAGAAGGUCGGUUAUCUGGUGGAACAACCACUGAGAAUAAAUGCAGAUAACAAUAUGAUGGCCUACGUCGAUGGUUUGAGCACUAAUGAAGAAUGCGUGUGUAUAAGCUCUAUUGUCCUGCGCCAAUACGCGUUGCACAGUGACCUGGUGAAAGUGUUUGUAAUGAAUAAACAAGUUAGCUACACGCCAAAAGCUACAUAUUCGGCUAAACAAAACGAUGGAAUCAAAGGAUGCUCUCAAGGAUUCGUGGUGACGAUUCUCGAGAAACGCCAUAAUCGCCAGUGCAUUGGAAAAUUUCUUCCACAUCAGGAGUCAAACUAUCGGGUAUUAGUUCCUGUAGAUAGGCGAAUUCCUCCACUGCAUGUUUUCAAGCAUAAUUUACCAGCAGAACUAAAUAAAAAGGGAUCAACGAGCGUCGCAACGAAUUUCUAUCUGGCGGAAAUCGUCGAAUGGCAGAACGAUAUACCAAUUGGAGCGAAUCUGAUAUCAAUUGAUAAGUAUGAUAUAGUUAAAAAUCAAAACGAACCCAUUUCGAUCAACAAGAAUCAGGAUGCAACUCGAUACGCAGAUCACAUUCUGGCGCAACUUCCUACACAACCGUACAGUAUUCCUCAGGAAGAAAUCGAUUUAAGGGAAGAUCUACGAAGAGAAUGUACAUUUACAAUAGAUUCUGCUAGUGCUCGUCACUUGGAUGAUGCCUUGAGCUGUAAAAUGUUGGAAAAUGGCAAUUGGGAAAUUGGUGUUCAUAUCUCCGACGUUACCUACUUCCUGCGCGAACAAUCAGAGCUGGAUGAGUUGGCCAAGCUUAGAGCGACUACAAGUUAUAUGGCUGAUAAUGUAUAUCGAAUGAUUCCGGAGCAGUUGCGUGAUGUAUGUUCACUUCUCCCUGGCCAAGAGAAGUUGACAUUUUCUGUGUUCUUCGAAAUACUCCGGGAUGGGACGGUAGUCAAUACGCGCUUUGCUCGAAGUGUGAUCAACUCAUGUGCAAAGCUCUCCUACGAAAAUGCACAAAUCGUGAUCAACAGCGCAAAGGGAGAAGGUUCCAGUGAGGAUGUAGUACAGCAAAUUUUCCAUGGAUAUACGGUUCAAUCGUUGAGUUUGAUCCUGUGCCAACUGCAUUCCAUAGCUGUAAAACUCCGCCAACGACGCAUCGAAGAAGGUUUUCUAGAGCUUGAUCAAUCGAGGCUUACAUUCUGGAUCGACACUGCCACUGGGUGUCCAAUCGAGUAUGACCAGCAUAAACUUAAAAAGGCAUUAGACGUUUUUGUGGCCCUGGCCAAUACUUCAGCUGCUCAGGCAAUUCAAGGUGCAUUAUCAGCGAAAACGCUAAUACGUUAUCCUCAACCGCCGUUUGAGAAGAUUGAAGAAUUUGUGAAAACAAUGGCGGGGCAUGGGUAUACGAUUUCAUUCGCUAGCUCGCGAACGGUUCGUGAAUCGAUGGAUGCGAUCAUCGCUGCAGCAGAACACCCGGAUGCCGCGAAGGCUGUGCUGAAUAAAUUGCUCUUGCAAUUCCAAAACUGCUGGAUGCCAAACUUGCCAUAUACAAGCUUUACUCGUCCCUUUCGUCACUAUACUGAUUGUAUGGUGCAUCGCGUUCUUGCUGCCGAGUUAGGUUUCGGGGAGGAGUCAAAAAGGACAUUGGAAGAAUUGCAGGAGAUUGGUAAAACGUGUAGCGUAAAAAGAUACGGAGCCAAGGUAGCAGGAGAUACCAGCUUUAUGUUUUGCUAUCGUCAAUGGUUGAAAACUGUUCAGACGCAUGAAACGAUGGCCGGAGUGGUUGGAUACGAUGCUGAACAUAUCGAGUUGAUUCUACUUGGUACUGGAAUAACGCUCAACAUAGUGACACAGACAACGUCGUCUAUUGCGAAGAUAGUUUUCAAUUCAUACAAACCGAUAGACGGUAUUCAGUGGAUUCCAGCGGAUUCUUCCAUGCCAGCAGUGACAUUGAAAAUCUUUUCCAAGAUUCAUGUAACCAUCACUUCGGUUGGAGAUCAUAUAAGCGUAUGUUCCAUUCUGCCCAUUGCUACCGAAACUACCUCCAGUGAAACGUGUGAAGAGAAUAUUCAAGAAAUCACCUGGCGUUCCAUACUUCCUAUAGCAGUUGAAACUGCUGCAUCGCGAAAAUCGUACGAAGAUUAUCAAAAAAAGAAAAAAUAUUCAUUCAUGGACCAUAAGAUGUUCCUUCCUGCAGUAUCUUUUAUAGGCACUGCUAUGGCUAUAGGAUCUUUAAUUUUUUUGAAAAAGAAAAUGUAAAUUUAAAUCAUGAGCGCCGUAAUUGAAUAUUCAAUAACAUAUGUUACUGUAACGGCUCCUGCAUUUUUUUAAACAUGAUGUAGCUAACGAGGAGAAUGUUUUAUUAUGUAAGUUGCCAGAGAAUAAACUUUUUUCCUUUUCC